AGCCUUCAUGUCUUUGAUCCCACCCUCGUUGCCAGAGAGAGAGGCAAGGGAGGAAACAAAACAGGGGGGGGGGACCUGUCGGCGAGCAGGAGAGCAACAAGCAAACAGGAAAAAGCGGAACUCGGAUUCCGAGCUGUUGCCGGGACGCGUAAAGAGGCAACAGGGACGACUCGAGAUUAAGUGCCGGUUCUGUUCCAAGGGGGGGGGGGGUUCAGCACGCUCUCCUCCCACUUGAGGGCUUUUCUUCGACUCGUAUCGGCGAUGGUUGUUUUUCCCCAGAUCUGAGCCUAGCAAUUCAGCUCCGCUACGCAACUGGAAGACCCUCCGGCCCCUAGGAAUGGCCUGAGGCAUGAGCCUGGGACCCCCUGGAAGUAGCCGCCAUGCUGCCGCGAGGACUGCAGCCUUGUGGGAGGCUGUGCCGCUGGUCCAGCCCCUUCCUGCAACUCCUUGCCUUGACGGCGGUGACGUUCGUCGUGCUGGCGCCCCUGACUUGCCACCGCCUCCUCCACUCUUACUACUACCUGCGGCGCUGGUACCUGAGCCCCAUGAGCCAAGACUUCCUCCGGCAGAACCAGGAGGACGGCCUGAGAGCCCUCCGCUACUUUGAGAGGCUGCGGGUGCACAAUGCCUCUGAGCCGCCACCCGGCGAGGCCCGCCGGACGGGCUUGCUCAUCACCAUCAUCACCGUGCAGCGGCGCCCCGAGUUCCACUACGUCCUCCAGGUGGCGUCCCGCUUUCACCGCCUGCUCCGCCAGUGCGGGGCCCCUUGCCAGCGCCACCAGAUCUUGCUCUGCAACGUGGAGGCUGACCCCAGCAGCCACGCAGACGCCCAGCUGCUGGCCGGCUUCUUUGGUGUGGUGAACCGCUACGGCAGCCGGCAGGCUCCGGAGCCAUCGCUGAACCAGUUUGAGAAGGAGAAGCGAGAUUACGCCUACUGCCUAGAGAAGUCGCUGCGGGACUACGACCCAGAACACGUGCUGCUGGUGGAAGACGAUGCCGUCCCAGAGGAUGAGAUCUUCCUGGUGCUGAACCACCUCUUGCAGGUCCGCUUCUCCAAGCCCCACCUCCGAGACGCCCUCUACGUGAAGCUCUACCACCCCGAGAGACUGCAGCGCUACCUCAACCCGGAGCCCAUGAGGAUCCUGGAGUGGCUUGGAGUGGGCAUGCUGGGUGGCUCACUGCUGGGGUUCGCGUAUGCCUGGGCGGCCGGCCGCCCUGGCCCCAGCUGGCCUGUCGCCCUGUUUUUUGCCCUGUACAGCAUGCUGCUGGUGGAGCUGGUUGGGCGUCACUACCUCCUGGAGCUGCGCCGCCUGGCCCCGCCCCUCUACAACGUCGUGCCUGCCACCGAGUGCUGCACCCCUGCCAUGCUGUUCUCUGCCCCUUCUGCCCGCCGCGCGCUGGGCUACCUGAAGAAGCUGCGCUGCCAGUCGGGUUUUGCCAAAGACACGGCCCUGUACUCGCUGCUGCGCACCAAGGGUGAGCGGGCCUUCGUGGUGGAGCCCAACUUGGUCAGGCAUGUGGGGAUGUUUUCAAGUCUCAGGGUAAACAUCAAUCCCAAGCUGCUUUGACUCCUCAGGUGUACGAAGAGCUGGAGUGGAGGGAAUCACGAAUUCUCCACGGCACUUUAGCAGAAAUGCUCAGAGUUCCAGGUUCUUCAGUGCAGUGUAUUUAUUGUGAGCUAUAUAUACAAAUAUCUGCAGGCUAUAAUACACAAGCAGUUCGUACAAUCAAACAGAGUACCUGGCUGCACCUUAAGGCAAAUAGGAAGACCUCUAACUCUCUCUCUGACCACACUCUUCUACACCACCCCUUUACUGCUGGAUGGGUUUCCCUUUUAAACCGAUGACAGCCAAGCAACUGUCAGCACAUUACAGCUGUCAUUCUGACCCAGCACUUCCAUAGCAAGUAUUGCAGGCUGAUUGUAUCAGCUAGCAAACUCAAGCCUGCAGACUUACUAUCUCUCACAGCAUUCUGUGAAUCCCGACAGAGGGAUUGGAAGCCCCUGGGUGAGGUCUGUUCCCAUACUGCCAGGGUGGGGGCUGACGGCUUCCCAUGCAAUGCACGAGACAAACAUGUUGAGGAAAAUGCUGUAGAUGAGCCUUCCUCCACCCCUAAGAUGCUAGUUUUUUAUGGGUUGGGAGGGCAUAUGGCCUAAUUAGUCCCUCUCUCCCCAUGCCUCCAUGAUGGUGGUAGUGGUGAUGGAGAUUAUGGCAAUGGUGAUGUACCCCACCUUUUCCCCUGGCCCAGACUCAAGGCAGCUUUGGCCAUCCCAUAUUUGGUCUGGUGUGGGGCAAGUAAUGAUGAGGCUGGGUUAGUUUGGAUGGGGGUUGCAGGCGCCUCUGAUAAGCUGACUAGCAGCAGCUGCGAAGCCCCAUGCAUGGUGCAAGCACCAACACUCAGCUGGUUGGUGGUGGUUGCAGAGAAUCAUGCAGGUUGCUUUGAAGGCCCGAUGAUUGGCCAUUUGCCGGGGCUUCAAAGCACCAUGCACCAAGGUGGUGAAGAUGGAUCGCCUGGUGUCAUUUUGACAUCGAGUGAUGUCAGGUGAUAAUGUGGCCCUGCUCACCUAUGAAACUUGGCCAGUGGGGAAGGUCAGGAUCCAACCCACCAGCUGGAUCCAAUCCCCAUCCCUGGUGCAAGGCGAAAAGGGGGAGGUGCACGAGGAAUCAGAAAUAGUGCAGUCCAGCAAUAGCUGUGUCACAUGGGGCUUCUGCUCAUUUCUUGGUGCUCUCGGCAGAUAAAUACUAGGACUGCACAAAGCUCGACAAUGAGAUGAAGAUUGCAAAGGUGUUACUUUUUAUAAACUCUUUAAAAUAGCUUUAUAUCCUCUACAAUAAACUAUUUUUAAGAGACACUUCCCCUUCAA